AUAAACGACAAAUCAGUGCCAAUCGACAGAUUAAUAUUUAAUACGUCUGUUUACGGUUUUCAUUACAGUAAGCUUUUUUAAUAGUGCUGUGAAACUAUCAGGAUGAAGUUUUAUUUAGCGUUGCUCUUAUGUGCGGUAGUCGCCGCCGCACCCUCGGAAAAGGCACAGCCUCAGUUUACAGAUCUCCUGGAAGAAUUCUCCCGUACGAACGACAGGAGUUUCCUGGUAAACGCGCUCGUCCGCCAGCUGUUCACAUACCUGCGUUUCGUCAUCAACAAUGGAUCCGCCAUCUUCGGCACCCCUCCCUUGGACCCCCUCAUCUUGGACCACUACCAUCUGUACAUACCUGCAGGACUUAUCAACCUUGACUUGGACCUGAAAAAUAUUAGGGCGACCGGUUUCGGCGGCUUCGUGGUGGUAACCAGCAACCUGAACCUUUCCACCAUGACUUUCGACGUAGAAAUCUUGUUCCCAGAACUGGAUAUCACCGCUGAGCACUACGACUUAAAAGGAGACCUCUACACCGCCAUUCCCCUUUAUGGAAAAGGACAUGCUAGGUUCCUCGUGAAAAACUUCGUUUUCUCCGCGAAACUGUUCUUGAAGCAGUCUGAAGACCAGAAAUCUAUUCUUAUUGAUAGAAUUGAAAACCCUUCUUUCAAUAUUCCUUCAUUUAAGGCAGCCAUGACCGGCGCCAUUGGAGGUGGUGAUAUCGACGCCAUCGUCAACGCCAUCACUGAGGACGUCAUCAUCGGCUACGUCAACCGCUUCCAAGCAGUCAUUGCUAGCUAUACCGCCGCUGGUGUAGUGAUCUUAGGAAACCCCAUCCUGGACACCCUGGACACCUGGAGAUUCAUCUCACCCUUGAUGCCGAGAACGAACGAGGAAUAAUUUUGGCAAUCGUAUGAAUGCGUCUUUGGCGAUUUUCAGUAGUUUUACUGCUUCAAAACUGACUAUGGAUAACUAAAUGCUCAAAAAGAAAAAAAAUGCGAAAAUAAUGAAAGUUAAUCCGUGUCCCCGCGGAAUAGAUAUCCUACUUAGAACACGUGUUGCUGAAAAACACAAGUCUACGUAACUACUUAAAUAAAAGGAUUAGAUUUUUAUCUAUCUCGAUAUUUAUCUUGAAUUAAUUUAUCUCUAGCUAGGUAAUUUCUAAGUAACUACUCACAUAAUAAACGCCGAUAUUACCUAAUUAAUAUUAUAUAAAAAAUACUUACGCAAUAAAAAAAUAAUGAACAGAA